CGCGCGCAUCGAAUCUGUGGUGGCGCUCGGUGACAACGCCGCAGCCGCGAAUUGAAUCGGUCGCGAUCGGUAUUUAGUGCAGGGGGACAGGCAGGCAGGAAUGAGCAGCGCGUCGUUCUCCAGCCUCGUGAAGCACCGCAUGCGGCGCGGCAACAGCACCACCAUCGCCAGCGACGCCAGCACGUUCCUCUCGAGCGUGUCCUCGCAGCGCGCCACCAUGCUGGCGUCGCCGUCGCUGUCGUCGUCGUCCGAGACGCUCGAGGACUGGAUGUACUGGCAGCGCGACGUCAACAACGCGCACUGCUGGACCAAGGUGUACGGCGUGCUGGACAACGAGUUCCUGUGGCUCUUCAAGGGCAACCACUCAAGCCGCACCAUGUUCCUGCAGAUCGCGGUCUCAAGCGUCGAAGUGUCGGGCGAGCGCCAGCUGCGGAUCGUGGACCCCAACGGCGAGGACAUGGAGAUCUGGCUGCUGGACGAGGACAGCUUCGUCGCGUGGCGGCAGCGCCUGGAGGAGGCCGCGGCGCUCACCACGCAGUUCUUCCGCAUCACCGAGAUCGAGGCGCGCCGGCUGCCGCGCAACAGCGCCUAUCGCGGCAGCCUCGUGACCUACCGCCGCGCCAGCAAGCGGGCGCGAUACAAAGCCGCCAUCGAGUGGAUGGCCUCGCGCUGGAGGCAGACGUUCGUGCCGCCGACGCAUUGA